CUGCGUUUCCUGUCUUUGGACAUCUCAAGAUGCCCGAGCCAGCCAAGUCCGCUCCCGCGCCCAAGAAGGGCUCCAAGAAAGCCGUGACCAAGGCGCAGAAGAAGGAUGGCAAGAAGCGUAAGCGAAGCCGCAAGGAGAGCUACUCGGUGUACGUGUACAAGGUGCUGAAGCAGGUCCACCCGGACACCGGCAUCUCGUCCAAGGCCAUGGGCAUCAUGAACUCGUUCGUGAACGACAUCUUCGAGCGCAUCGCGGGCGAGGCGUCUCGCCUGGCGCACUACAACAAGCGCUCGACUAUCACAUCGCGGGAGAUCCAGACUGCCGUGCGCCUGCUGCUGCCCGGGGAGCUGGCCAAGCACGCCGUGUCUGAGGGCACCAAGGCCGUCACCAAGUACACCAGCUCUAAGUAAACCUGCCAAGAGAAGCAACCCACCAUUAGACAUAUCUUUUCUAUGCUGGACCCUGUUUCAUCUCAGAAAUGAAAUUUCAUGAUGAAAACGAGUGAUAUUAGAGGAAUAUAAACAACCAGUAUUUAAUACUGAAGCAUUAGUCUUUUUUCCCUGAGUAUAAAAAUAUUAAACGUUCAUUGUUGUAUGUGAAAAAGAGAAACAAAGAAGAAAUUUUUUUUCUCUCCUGGUACCUCAUUCUUUUUACGUAUAUGUGAGCUACCUAUAUA